ACACUGGUCCCGCGAGGCGUCGGAGUACCAGAUUGACUCAAGAUGGCGUAUAAGCUGCAACACAGCAGUAGCCUGCCAUACCGAGUCUCGGUAGCCGGCGUCAGCAGGAUGAGGCGGGAUGGGGAGGUGGUAAGGGGGCAAGAAGGGGGGAUUGAGCGUGUGAACAAUGAUGGCCCUGCAACUCCCAAUGGCCUACCUCUACCUACUACUUGGGUCACCGUGUAGGCACUGCCCUCUGCUCCAUUACCCAAGGCAAGUCACU